AUGGCUGCCGGCAGCUGCCGCCUCCUCCUCCUCCUGCCCUGGCUGGUCACGAGCUCACACAGCCCACCCGGCUGCAAGAUCCGGAUUACCUCCAAGGGGCUGGAUCUGGUGGAGCAGGAGGGGCUGCGCUUUGUGGAGCAGGAGCUGCAGAACAUCACGGUGUCGGACCUGCACGGGAAGGAGGGGCAGUUCCACUACAACAUCAGCCAGGUCAAGGUGAUGGACCUGCAGCUGGCAUUUUCCGACCUGCACUUCCAGCCUCAGCAGCACCUCGUCUUCAACAUCAACAAUGCCUCCAUCAGCCUGCGCUUCCGGAGGCAGCUGCUCUACUGGUUCUUCUACGACAUUGGGUCCGUCAAUGCCUCUGCGGAUGGCGUCCACAUCCACACAGUGCUGCGGCUGGCCAAGGAUGAGGCUGGGCGCCUGAAGAUCUCUAACAUCACCUGCAAUGCCUCCAUUGCCAGAAUGCAUGCAGGCUUCUCUGGCACACUCAGGAAGGUCUACGAGUUCCUGAGCACCUUCAUAAUCACAGGGAUGCGCUUCCUCCUCAGUCAGCAGAUCUGCCCAUCCCUGGAGCACGCCAGCCUGGUGCUGCUGAACUCCGUGCUGGACACUGUGCCAGUGAGGAACUAUGUGGAUGAGCACAUCGGGAUCGACUACUCCCUCCUGCGGGAUCCGGCUGUCUCCACGGACACCCUCGACCUAGACUUCAAGGGCAUGUUCUUCCCCCGUGCAAGAGAGAACCAGGAACUGGAGAACCGUGCAGUGGAGCCGGUGAUCAAGGAGACUGAGCGCAUGGUCUACGUCGCCUUCUCCGAGUACUUCUUUGACUCGGCCAUGCACGCAUACUUCCAGGCAGGGGUGCUGGCCAUAGAGCUCCAGGGAGAGAAGGUGCCCAAGGACCUGGAGGUUUUGCUGAGAGCCACCUUCUUCGGGACCAUCUUCAUGCUGAGCCCCACGGUGGACGCUCCCCUGCGGCUGGUGCUGCAGGUGUCAGCUCCCCCCCGCUGCAUCAUCAAACCCUCGGGCACCUCUGUCUCCGUCUCCGCCUUCCUCAACAUCUCGCUGGUGCUCCCAGGCCGCCCUGCCGUCCAGCUCUCCAGCAUGGCCAUGGAAACAAAGCUGAGUGCCAAGGUGUUUCUGCAAGGGAAGGCACUGCGCAUGCAGCUGGACCUGCGACGGUUUCGCAUCUACUCCAAGCAGUCCGCGCUGGAGUCACUAGCGCUGUUCUCACUGCAGGCCCCACUGAAGACCUUGCUGCAGCUGACGAUCAUGCCCAUCAUUAACGAGAGGACUAAAAAGGGGGUGCAGAUCCCACUGCCGGAAGGCAUGGACUUUACCAAGGAGGUGGUCACCAACCAUGCGGGAUUCCUCACCGUGGGAGCUGAUCUCCACUUCUCCAAGGGGCUGCGGGAAGUGAUUGAGAAAUACCGCCCAGCCCCUACCGUCCCCACCUACCCCAGCUCAAGGCCUGCAGAGCCCAGCGUGGACCCCCGCCAGCUCUAGCUCUUCUCCCCGCUCACUCCUUCACCCUGGACUGAGGGCAGAUCCCGGGCUGGACCCGUAGA